GCCGGAGCUUGUCGGUGAGUUAAGCUGGGAGAGGAACUGGGGAGCUGGGGCAGCCGUGCCCCCGCGGAUCCCCGCGACUUCACUUCUAAAUCGGGCCGGAGAGUGGGACGCCGGCGUGGAGCUGCACCGUGGGAACGGGGCAAAAUGUUUUUAACAACAGUAUUACUGCGGAAGAGAAUUCCUGGAAAACAAUGGAUUGGGAAGUACAGGCGACCGAGACAGGUUACCAUUUCGAUGAAGCAAGCGAUGAUCCGAAGGUUGGAAAUUGAAGCAGAGAACGAAUAUUGGCUCAGCCAACCUUACCUGACACAGGAACAGGAAUACAAACACAACACGGAAGAGAGACGUGCCAAGUGGGAAGCUUUCAAAAGCCUGAAACAAGCCAAGUUUCCUGAGCACAGAUACAUCAGCGAUCAUUUAAACCACUUAAAUGUGACAAAGAAGUGGACAUGUUGAGUAACACAGCAUAUUUCUAUUUGGCACAUGUUGUGCACUACCCUCGGAUCUGCUCUCAUACUUGUUAUGGUAUUUCACUGUAAUUAGGGUGGGUGACAAAUAAGAUGUUGCUGUGGUGUACAAAAUACUACAUUAAAAGUAGUCCUCUGGAACAGCCUACGUUUUAUUA